GGCGGGCUCGGUAACCAUGGACGGGACCAGUCCGCCCAGGAGAGGUGUUUUUCGCUGUGAGUGGAUACGGCAUCUCAGGGGCCGGCCAAGGCGGUGCUUGUCGUUGUGGGCCGGGAGCGGUGCUGGUAUCUAUGGGCAGGGCUAAACGUUCCCCGGUUCACGGCCAUGGAGCUGAGCGAGGUGACCGAGCGGGUGGAGACUGGCGAUCAGAACCGCGCGUUACCGGCGCUGCAGCGCUUCAUCGCCGAGAACUCGCAAUGUUUCCUGUUCGACGUGGAGGGGAGAGACCAGAGACGGCGACUGGGACAGGCGGUACUUUGUCUCCUGGACCGGACCUUGCAGCCAGCCUGCCAGCUAGCUGGCCUGGGCUGCCUGCGCAUCCUUUCCCGGGAGAAGACCAACCUGAGGCCAUUCAGUGGCAGUGCGGCCCUGGAGUUGUUAGCCAGGCAUGCUGGGAUUGAAAGCGAGAUGGAGCGAGAGGGGGGGCUGCCUGACCCCGACGUGAUGAUGGAGGCUCUAAAGUGCCUCUGUAAUGUGGUAUUCAACAGCACUGCAGCCCAGGAGGUGUGUGCGGACAGUGGCUUGGUGGUGGGCCUCUGCCGGCGACUUAGACUUGGCGAUAAGCAGUUGUACUCCAGCGUCCGGUUCUUUGAUCUCCGGCUAUUGUUCCUCCUGACAGCUCUUAGGCUUGAUAUCCGCCGACAGCUGGGCCAUGAGCUGCGGGGUGUGCGCCUGCUGACCGAUGUCCUGGAGCACACAAUGGCUGUGCGAUGGGUCAGCAGCCUGGAGGUGGCUGCCCGAGACCAGGGUGACCCUCCACUGGCUCAGGAGCUGACUGACUGUGCCAUGGAAAUCCUCAAGGUCCUCUUCAACAUCACUUUCGACCUCUACAAACGGCAGGUGGAUGAGGAGGAUGCAGCUCUCUACCGUCGCCUGGCAGCCAUCCUGCGGCACUGCCUGAUGACCAAGGCGGAUGGGGAGGAUCGGACUGAGGAGCUGCACAGCCACACAGUGAACCUGCUGGGUAACCUGCCCCUGGAGUGUCUGGACGUUCUGCUGUUGGCCCAAGUGCAGCCCAGCUCUGUCGAGUAUCUGGGAAUGAACAUGGAUGCCGUAGAAAUACUGCUGGAUUUCCUGGAGAAGAGAGUGGACCGGGGACACCGUUUGAAGGAGACAGUGACCCCUGUUCUCAACUUACUGACGCAGAGUGCCAGAGGUCACCGGGAGACCCGGAAGUUCCUCAGAAUGCAGGUGUUGCCUCCGCUUCGGGAUGUCCAGACUCGGCCUGAGGUUGGGAACAUGCUGCGGAACAAGUUGGUGCGAUUGAUGACUCACAUCGACACGGACGUGAAGCACUGUGCAGCUGAGCUGCUCUUUGUUCUCUGCAAGGAGAAUGUGACACGGUUCGUGAAGUACACUGGGUACGGGAAUGCCGCAGGUCUCCUGGCUGUCCGAGGACUGAUGGGGGGCUGCCCAGCUGAGGGGGAGGGGGACUAUUCUGAGGACGAGGACACAGACACCGAAGAGUACAAGGAGGCCAAGGCUGAGAUUAAUCCAGUGACUGGGCGGGUGGAAGAAAGGACGGCCAAUCCAAUGGAUGGCAUGAGCGAAGCCCAGAAGGAGUAUGAAGCCAUGAAAUUAUUCAACAUGUUUGACAAACUGGCCAGGCAUCAGAUAAUUCAGCCGAUGAGCUUGGCCCCGGACGGGAAGUUGGUUCCUCUGGAGGAGGUGAUGCAGCCACUGGCCGAAGUGUCCGAAUCAGACUCGGAUUCAGAUUGAGAUGGGUGUCCAGGAAAGUAUUGGCACCACCUGUGGACAGGCACUGGACACCUCCAGCUGUAGCAGUAAAUCAGCGGUGUAGAUGAUAAUUGCUUGUUAUCGUGAGAGAUGCAGAGUAGCAGGCUGUUCACCAAGAGCAGAGAUGAGGUUCUGCUGUGCCGGUGUCAGUAAUAAAGCUCUCCUCCUGUGAGUGAAACCAGGCACCGAGAGCUCAGGACAGACCUCGCCCCACUCCCACCAAUCCUUUUUCCUGCACUCUCCCAUCCCCUAAUUCUCCCCCUGUUCUGUGGUUCUGACCCACGAGAGGGGACUGAAGUUGAGACUUGAGCUUUAUGGUGGUCCUGUUACCCUGUGGGUCUGACCUUUCUGUCCCAAUUCCACCUACACUUUGGGAUUUACUGAGGCAGCUUGCUGCGGGCAUGGGCGCAGAGGUCUGCGCCUGAACGUGCUCUCACCUGGACUCAGCCAGAGAUUUUGUUUUCCACUGACAGAGCAUCCGUGGGGAACUGCUUGUUCAUUGUUGAUGUUUUUAACAUUCAUCAAAUUGGUCCCAAAGGUGUGUUCUGCCCUCUGUGUGUGUGUUUGUGUGAUGUUGUUCUACAGACCUUGGGGUCUUCCUGGCAGGGGAGGAGGAGCUGCUAAGCCCAAGCCUGAUAGUUGGCACAUUAAAGCAACUCCUCUGCCCACCAACCCUGCCCCUGUCAAGCCACCCCACCUGCUGACUCCCGGAUGCAGGGGGAGAUGAUGAUCCUGGCCUGGUAGAAUAUACUGCCAGGAUGGUGGUACAGGCAGAUACAUCAGGGACAUUUAGGAGACUCACAAAGAUGAUAGAAAAUGGAAGGCUAUGUAGGAGGGAAGGUUUAGAUUGAUCUUAGGAUAAGUUAAAAGUUCAGCACAUAUCGUGGUCCGAAGGGCCUGUACUGUGCUGGAAUGUUCUAUGAGGAGCAUAGAGAUUAAUGAAUCAGUGGAAUUCAAUGCCACAGACGACUAUGGAGGCCAAGUCAUUGGAUACAUUUAAAGUGGAAGUUGGUAAGUUCUUGAUUAGUCGGGAUAUCAAAGGUUAUGGGGAGAAGGCAGAGAGUGAGAGUGAGAGGGAUAAUAAAUCAGCCUGAUGGACUGACAGAGCUGAAUAGCCUAAUUCUGCUCCUAUAUUUUAUGAUGUUAGUUGAGGAGUAGCUUGGAUAAACGGGGGAGGUUCACCAGUGCGUUGCGAUGAUUGGACUGGCCCUAGGUUGGAGUAGUUUGCAAAUUCUGGGCUGUGGAGGGAGGGUUUACACAAGAAACUUUCCAGUGAUCAGGGAGAGGGUGUUUCUGCUGAGUGUUGGUACUGAUCAAUGAGGUUGGGGAGUGGUCCCUGAUUAAACUCUUGCUGUGUGAAGAUGCUUUGCUCUGCUGCCAGCAGGGAGUGGAGCAGUAUGUGCUCCUGCUGACAGCUCAACCAGAGAGUGGAGCAGUAUGUGCUCCUGCUGGCAGAUCAACCACUGGCUGGUCGCAGUGCGGACUGACCAACUGCAUGCCCCCUUCCCCCCAGAUCGAGUGUGGGGCACACGGUGGCCAGAGCACCAGCCUCUGGCACAGUGACUGUUGAGGACAGGUGCGGAUGGAGAAACGAUCGUGGUAGAAUGUUGGGCUCUGCUUCGGAGAGGGUGUUUGGAACAGAACGAGGCAGUUUACCACAGCAAAUUUCCACAAAGAAACUGUCAUCAACCCACAGCUUAAAAUGCCACUCAUAAACCACAUCUGUGUAUUAGUUCAGUGUUUACAGGUCUGUCCAUCUAGAACAGAGCAAUGUGAUUCUCGCUCCCGGACACCACCAUCCACUCUCUCUCUCUCACAUACACACACACACCAACCAACCACUGUGGCCACACACACAUGCACCCCUCUGUCCACCCUCAUGUGCUUGCACUCCACUGUCACUAUACACACACUUUGAGGAUAUAAGGAUCGCAGUGGAUAGAGGGGAACAGAUGGGCAUUCGAAAGGAGCCAUUUAUCCAUUAGAUAAGGAUGCAUAGAGUUGGGGGUGAUGUAUUAAAAUGGGUGAAGGAUUGGUUAACUAAUAGAAGACAAAUGGCCUAUUCCUGCUCCCAUUUUCUUAUGUUCUUACACCCAUUCACACACCUCUCUGUCCACAAGAGUCCACACACACACAGUCCACCCUGAUGCACGCAUGCACCACCUGUCCCUUUAUAUCUUAUUAUCCACACACUCGCUAUUGUUCCCUCACCCCCCAACUUCCCCCCCCCCCUCACCACCACCCCUCUUCCCCCCACCGUCCUAAAUGCAGAGUAGGGUUUUACAGCCGGGCACACAAUCAGACCCUCCCCCACCCCCCAGAGAGGGAGGGUAGGUGGGCGAUCACAGCUGCCGUGAACGGGGAAACAUGCGAUUGGAGGAGGAGAGGUCUGAGCAGAGUGUGCUGAGUAAUGCCCCCCCCCCCCCCCAUUUAGAGACUCUCAUGAACUCCCGAUGACGAGGCUGAGCCGACCAGAGUUAGAUGUUACAGUGUCAGUUCACUUUAUUUUAAUAAAAGCUUCAAAAUAUUCAGAUUUUUAAACACA